AUGCAGUCCCUCAUGGGUGGAACGCCCAUGGCCAACGCUCCAUCCAACCUCGGCGUCUCUGCCGGUCCUUCUGCACCUUCCGCCAAUGCGCUCGCAAAUGGCGCUGGUCUCAAACAACCAAAUCCGCCCGUCUACUCGAGCGCAGAAGCUGCCGCCAACGCACAGGGGCUCGUCUAUCCCUCGCUCCACCUCCAUCCACUCAACGACACCUUCGCUCCCAAGCAGAUUAGCCUUGCACCGCCCGGUCCCACCAAUCGCAUCAAGAUCGGUCGUCAGACCAACGCAAAGACCGUCCCCAACCCCACCAAUGGCUACUUUGACAGCAAGGUCCUCUCGCGCAUGCAUGCAGAAGUAUGGAGUCAGAAUGGCAAAGUCUACAUCAAGGACGUCAAGUCCUCCAACGGUACCUUUAUCAAUGGUGAGCGUCUCUCUCCCGAAGCGCAGGAGUCGGAUGUCUUUGAGCUUCACAACGAGGACAUGGUCGAGUUCGGUAUCGACAUUGUCGGCGACGACAACAAGACCAUCAUCCAUCACAAAGUCGCCUGUCGCGUAUACCUCGUCUUGACCGCAGAAGACGCGCUCAGCCUUCGACACGACUUUGCCAGCUUGUAUCGAGGCGGCAUGCACGGUGGGCCGCUCGGAAGCAACGGCGUCGGCCCAGGCGCAGAAGGCGGUCUUCGCAGGUCUAAGGCCGGUUUCAGCUUCGACCACGUCCUCAGCAAGCUCCAGAGCGAAUUGCAGAGGAGCAAAGACACCUGGAACGACCUCGGCAGCCUCACCACCACCAUGCACGACAUUCACGAAACACUCGGCGGCAGCGCACCUCCCGUCUCGUCGGCACCUUACCCGCACCUCGUUCCCCUUCCUCCCGGAUCCGUCAACGCCCAAGCACAACAACAACAACAACAGCAGCAGCAUCAAGAGCAGCAGCGCGCAAAGGACGCCGAAUCCCAAGCCACCACCGACGCUCAUUCCGCCACCAUCUCGGCCCUCCAGUCGCAGCUCUCAGAGACACAGUCCAACCUCGCUGUCCACGUCGAAAAGAUCCGAAGCCUCGAGUCCGUACUGUCCGACCACGAUUCCAUCAAACGCGAAGUCAGCACCAUCAAGAUGCAGAUGGAACAGGCUAAACGCGAGAUGGAGGCCGUCGCCUCUUCCUCCAGCUCCUCCUUCCCUCCCAGGCAUACCGUCAACGGCUUUGGCACCAUCCGCGGCGGUUCCGAUCUCUUGCGCUCGCUCGAGCACGACGAAUUUGACGACGGCGCCAGCAUCGCCAGCGUCGAGACCGUCACCCAGAAUAGCGACGACGACAAUGACCACGUCGGCCCGCGCGCGCCGCCCGACAUGCCACUUCACCUUGCAUCCGACGACGCGGACCCUGCUUCCGACUCGGGUCUCGAACAGGCCGACAAGUCUGCUCCCGGCGCCGUCGAUGCAUCUCCUUCCGCCUUGACUUUUUCUAAACAGGCUGACGAGCGUGAUGCCGAGCUCCGUGCGCAGAACGAGGCUCUUUCAGCACGCCUCGAGGAGCUGGCUGCACAGCUCGAACAGGCGUUGGCGCUCAGCCGAGGUCUGCAGGAUCAGCACGUGCUGGUCACCGAUACCGUCAAGACGCUCGAGCAGCGCGUCCAAACGCUUGAAAAAGAGGUCGAGCAGAACGCCGCAGCAGCUCCAUCCACACAAGCGUCGCACGAGUCUACGGCAGCGAUGAUCAAAGGCAUCGAGGGACGCUGGACAGAGUUCCGCAGCGACUUUGAAGAGAGCUGGCGCAAGGAACGCCAAGGUAUGCAGACGGAGCGCGACGAGCUGCGACAAGUGGUGCAAGCGUGGGACGAGGCCAAUCGUCGCAUGGAAGAUGAGCUGAACGGCGACGAGGUCGGUGACUCGGACGCCCUUCCAGAAAGCAGCACUGGCGGCAGCAGAGACGCCGCAGCGUCGGAGGACCUCGCGUCAUCGCCGCACGGCCAGAUUACGACCACAGACGGCGUUGCGGGAGCCUCGUCGUCGUCGCUUGCAUCGAGUGCGUCAAGCACUGGCCGUGCCAGACGCGGACACGGCCGACGCGGCAAACGGCACGUCAACAGCGCCCUCCGCACUCUGCUCUACGGGAGCGCCACAGCCGGCUUGAUGCCCGAAUCCGCUGGUAGAGACUCGGAAGAUGACGAGAGAUGGAACGGUACCUCGCGUUCGGGUCUAUCGCACAGAAGUGCUGACGACGACGCCUUGUCGACAAGUCAGUCGGUGCGAAGCAUCGCAGACUCGACCUCGACGCGACCUUCCGAAUCCACCGAGAUGACCACGCCAGAUCUAGCGCCGGACGCAACGACGGGCGAUGCCGCCGCCUUGGACGCCCAGCAUGCCAAGCACGAUCAGCACGAUUCGCGUUCACGCACAGGUCGAGAGCGCGGCGCAGACAGCCACCACACGCAGGAGCGGGCGCUGGGUCCGCAGACGCUCGCCGCUGCCGGCGUCGUAGUGUUUGGCCUCACAGCCUGGGUCUUGGCGGGCAAAGAUCUGGCUCGCUUGAACAUGGCAUUGGCGGGUAAGCCGUGA